ACCGCACUCACUUCUCGCAUCCACCAAAUCCUCCCAAAAAAAAUCCCCAAUUCCCAUCUCUCCUCUCAGAGCUCGGCGGCCAUGUCGGGGCGCGGCAAGGGCGGCAAGGGGCUCGGCAAGGGCGGCGCGAAGAGGCACCGCAAGGUGCUGCGCGACAACAUCCAGGGCAUCACCAAGCCGGCGAUCCGGAGGCUGGCCAGGAGGGGCGGCGUGAAGCGCAUCUCCGGGCUGAUCUACGAGGAGACCCGCGGCGUGCUCAAGAUCUUCCUGGAGAACGUCAUCCGCGACGCCGUCACAUACACGGAGCACGCCCGCCGCAAGACCGUCACCGCCAUGGACGUCGUGUACGCCCUCAAGCGCCAGGGCCGCACCCUCUACGGCUUCGGCGGCUGAGGCUGGUGUGGGGGCUCACCGCCACCGCCUGGCCGUGGGACAAGUCUUGGCUCGCGGUCAAGAAACCGGGAAGGAAAUCUCUAAUUGAUUUGGGUCUCAGUAUUAGUACUGGCAGUAGUUUGUUUGUGUUGGGAUCGUUCCAGUUGCCUAUGGCAAAUUUGCUUCGGUUGUCCUGAACCUUGUGCUCUGCAUGUAAAUCCGUCUGGUGUUUUAGCUAUUAACAAAGUUGGUUCAUUCGC